AUGCUUCCCACGACUAUGACUGUUCCAACAACAACCACCACCAACAAAAUGCAUACAAGUGCCAACCAUGCACACGUUGGUACCUAUCCUCCCUCUCGAGGAUCGGGAGUGUUUGGUUAUUUUCGGAAACUCUCCUAUCGAGGUCAAAUAUGUUUUAUCAUUUGUUCUCUUUUAUUCUUGUACAUGAUUUAUACCUUGUUGUUUGUUGGAAGUGUUGGAAGUGGUGGUAGCACGAGUAGUAGUACUAAUAGUUAUGAAUUAGAGAAAAUAUCGGAAAGUAUAGUGAUCAAGAAACCACCCACAUUACCUGUGAAACAACAACAACAACAACAACGAGAAACCAAUAAUAGACCUCCAUCAACCACCAAUACACAACAACAACAACGAGAAACCAAUAAUAAUAAUACACCGCCACCACCACCAAUUUUGAAAAAACCAAUUUUCACUUCUGUGGUUGAUGAUGAUGAAGAUGAAUUUUCUUCUCCAUUGGACAAAUCAUCCAAAUCCAAAUCAAAUCAACAACAACAACGAAUACUCCUAAAAAAGACUCGAAACCAAAAAUCUACCAAUAACAAUAAUAACCCUUCAAAUACACAAAAAGAUGCUUCAUUCAAAUCUGAUUCUAAAAACAAGAACAAAUUGGAGAAUAGGAAGGGAUCCAACCAUGAUCAAACUCCUUCCAAUGAACAUGGUGAUGAUAGUGAUACGGAUUGGUUUUCCGAUAUGAAUAGCAGCAGCAGUGAUAGUACGACUCGUUCCAAAGAAUCUUCUCAAUCCAAUAUGAUGAAUAAGGACAAGUCAUCCGAUAAGAGUCUUUCAACAAAUUUAAAAGAGGAUGUGAAAUCAAAGACUGAUAAGAGUCAAUCUUCAAUGAAUACUAACAAAAUGGUCAAAUCCAAUCAUACUCCUUCUACUACAACAACUAGUGAAGAAGUGAACAAACAAGUUGUCAGUAACAAGGAAGCCAAAGUUGUCAGUAGUACUACUAAUGAAGUGAAAAAAGAGAAUGUAACAUCGUUGAAAAAGAAUCAACUCUCAAAUAAGCAAAAUGAUGACCUUUCUGUUUUAGAUAUUACCAAUUCAGAUACUGUCAAGCAAGUCAAGAAAAAGAAUGACAAUUCUCAAAAAGAGACUAAGAACAAGGAUAUCAAUGAUGAAAAAUCUGAGACCAAGUUGAAUACUGCUGAUACUUCCAAAAAGAGUGUUGAAAAAGAUUCUGCUGAAAAUAAUUCCUCACUCAUGAACAAGCAAGAAGAACAGAAGAAACUCGUUUUGGAUGAUGAUGACGAAGAUGAUUUGGUCUUGCCAAAUGUUAAAAAAGAUUCUCAAGAAGCAACAACAUCAUUCGGCAAGAAGAAUGAAAAUUUACAAUCUUCCUCAACUGAAUCACUCAAGAAAGAAGAACCAACGAAAGAGGAAAAUACUUCUCCACCACGAAAGGAAGACAACAAGGAAAAAUCAAAGUUGUCUCAAACUAUUGAAAAGAAAGAAAUUACAUCCUUAAUUGACAAGCUCAUGGACACAGCGAAAGAGUCAAAGAAAUCUAGAGAAGAGAUACCUAAAAAGAGUGAUGAAAAUAGCGUAUUGAAGGAAUUUGCUAUGAAGGAUAUCAAUGAUGAAAAAUCUAAUGGUCCUUUGAAAACAAAUAACAUGGCUGUUCCAAAGAAUCCAUCGAAAAUUGACACCAAAGUGGCCACUCCUGCUAACACUGAUUCUAAAGCAACAGAAAAUCUCAAGGUAGAACGUCCACAAUUGCCCACUUUGCAAAACACACCAAUCAAGUCAAAGAGAAAGCGUGAUGAAAUUGAUGAAAAGAUCCAACAACUUCGUCAACGAGUUUCUGAAAUGAAAGCUGAAAGAAAUGUGAACAAACAAAAAGAGGAUGCCCUACAACAAUUUGUGGAUCAAGAAAAAAGAACCUUAAAAUAA